UCCUCGCGUCCGUAGAUGUAUGACAGCAUCUCUGCUGCAAGCACCUCUGAUGUCCAGGACCGUCUUUCAGCCCUGGAGCUGAGAGUGCAGCAACAAGAGGAUGAAAUCACCGUGCUAAAAGCAGCCUUGGCUGAUGUGCUGAGGCGUCUUGCUAUCUCUGAAGACCAUGUAGCUUCUGUGAGAAAAUCAGCACCAAGUAAAGGUCAGCCAAGCCUCCGAGAAGCUAUCUCGAUGUCAUGUAUAACUAACGGGAGCACAGGAAGCAGGAAAACAAGCCACAGUUCAUCUGUUUCUGUUGCCAGAAAAGAAACACUUUCCUCUGCUGCAAAAAGCGGUACAGAAAAAAAGAAGGAAAAACCUCCAGGACAAAAAGAAAAAAAAGAGGACUCUCAUUCUAAUGAUCAAAGUGCACAAAAUCAAGCAUCACCUUCUCCCCAGCCCUCCUCACAGACUCUCCAAACACACAGGCAAACUCCAGAAAGCAAGAAUUCUACUCCAGCUAAAAGCAUAAAGAAAUCCUUGACUGUUGAAAAAGCUCACAGUGCUUGGGAGAGUUCAGAUGACAGUCGUAACAAGCUGAUGAGAGUAGCAUCAACAUCUAAAUUAAUAUCAAAAGUGGCCAAGAAUGCAGACAAGCACAAAGAUGUCAUUGUCAGCCAAGCCAAAAUGUCAACUCGUGAAAAAAACAGCCAAGAGGGAGAAUAUAUCAAGAUGUUCAUGAGAGGUCGACCAAUCACAAUGUUCAUUCCAUCUGAUGUAGAAAACUAUGAUGAUAUUAGGACAGAGCUGCCUCCUGAAAAGUUAAAACUGGAGUGGGUAUAUGGGUAUCGUGGAAGAGACUGUCGAGCCAAUGUUUACCUCCUUCCUACCGGAGAAAUUGUGUAUUUCAUAGCCUCAGUGGUGGUACUAUUUAACUAUGAGGAGAGAACCCAGCGGCACUACUUGGGUCACACAGACUGUGUUAAAUGUCUUGCAGUUCAUCCAGACAAAAUUAGAAUUGCAACAGGACAGUUAGCUGGAGUGGAUAAAGAUGGAAGGCCCCUGCAGCCCCACGUCCGAGUGUGGGACUCGGUGAGCCUGGCGACGCUGCAGGUCAUCGGCCUGGGCACCUUCGAGCGCGGAGUGGGCUGCUUGGAUUUCUCCAAAGCGGAUUCUGGUACUCAUUUGUGUGUAAUUGAUGACUCUAAUGAGCAUAUGCUUACUGUGUGGGAUUGGCAGAGGAAAUCAAAAAUAGCAGAGAUAAAGACUACAAAUGAAGUUGUUCUUGCUGUAGAAUUCCAUCCCACUGAUGCAAAUACCAUAAUAACGUGUGGCAAAUCUCAUAUAUUUUUCUGGACCUGGAGCGGCAAUUCAUUAUCAAGGAAGCAAGGGAUAUUUGGGAAAUAUGAGAAACCCAAAUUUGUUCAAUGUUUGGCUUUCUUGGGAAAUGGUGAUGUGCUCACUGGAGACUCAGGUGGGAUAAUACUUAUAUGGAGCAAAACUACUGUAGAAGCUACUCCAGGAAAAGGAGCUAAAGGAGUAUAUCAGAUAAGCAGACAAAUCAAAGCUCACGAUGGCAGUGUGUUCACACUCUGUCAAAUGAGGAAUGGAAUGCUGCUAACUGGAGGUGGGAAAGACCGAAAAAUCAUCCUGUGGGAUCAUGAUUUGAAUCCUGAAAGGGAAAUUGAGGUUCCUGACCAGUAUGGAACAAUCAGAGCAGUAGCAGAAGGAAAAGCUGAUCAAUUUUUAGUGGGUACUUCACGAAACUUUGUUUUGAGGGGAACGUUUAAUGAUGGUUUCGUGGUAGAGGUGCAGGGACAUACAGACGAACUCUGGGGACUGGCAUCUCAUCCUUUCAAAGACUUAUUUUUAACCUGUGCCCAAGAUAGGCAAGUUUGUAUGUGGAACUCUGUGGACCACACACUGGAAUGGACCAGGCUGCUAGAUGAGCCCGGGCACUGUGCGGAUUUCCAUCCCAGCGGAGCCGUGGUCGCCAUAGGGACCCACUCGGGCAGGUGGUUUGUUUUGGAUGCAGAAACGAGGGAUCUGGUUUCUAUACACACUGAUGGCAACGAACAGCUUUCAGUGAUGCGCUACUCAGUAGAUGGCACCUUACUUGCAGUUGGAUCCCACGACAACUUUAUUUACCUCUACGUAGUAACAGAAAAUGGAAGAAAGUAUAGCAGAUAUGGAAAAUGCACUGGACAUUCCAGCUACAUUACACACCUUGACUGGUCCCCGGACAACAAGUAUAUAAUGUCAAACUCAGGAGACUAUGAAAUACUAUACUGGGACAUUCCAAGUGGCUGUAAGCUAAUCAGGAAUCGUUCUGACUGUAAGGAUAUAGAUUGGACAACGUACACUUGUGUGCUAGGCUUCCAGGUGUUUGGAGUUUGGCCCGAAGGAUCAGAUGGGACAGACAUAAAUGCCCUUGUCAGAUCUCAUAACCGAAAAGUGAUAGCAGUGGCUGAUGAUUUUUGUAAGGUCCAUCUCUUUCAGUAUCCCUGUUCCAAGCCAAAGGCCCCGAGUCACAAAUACAGUGCUCACAGUAGUCAUGUGACAAACGUCAGCUUCACUCACAGUGACGGCCACUUGAUUUCAACUGGAGGGAAAGACAUGAGUAUUAUCCAGUGGAAACUUGUGGAGAAGGUAACUCUGCCACCAAAUGACAUUGUCCUGGAUAUGGGUGCCAAAGUGCCCGUCCCUGCCAGUGAGAACGCCGUGCAGCCUCCCGCCCAUCUCCCCCAGCCUUUUCAUGAAAUGAACCAAACCGAAAGCGUAACUGGCAGCUCUCCCGCCUCCUUGGAGAGCAACUUGGAGCAGUCAGCGGAGGCCAGCGAGGAGCAGAGCGAGGAGCAGAGCGAGGGCAGCAGCCUGGAUCCCGCCGAGCCCAGCUACGAGGAGCCCUCCAACGAGCUGAGCGAGGAGCACAGCGAGCCCACGCUCACGGAGGAGCAGCAGCAGAACUCACCGGUGUCCUAAAGCUCCCAGCUCAGCUGGCUGUUGUUUUCCCGUGGUGUGCGUGCUUUCAUUACAAGGGUGAG